AUGCUUACCGUCUUGCAGUUCGGCCUAUUUGGUGACACCGUUGACGACUAUGCCCAGCAGUUUUCAGCGGUGAAGAAACAGACGGAGGCCAUUUCCUACAUCAUGACCCAUCGCAGUUCCACCGCAGGCCAUGCUCCGUCUGCUCACCAAGGAGAAGAUCCAGGAACUCAUUCGGGACACCUACAGCAGCUUCAGUUUGAGAUUUACCUCUGGGACAAUAACAUCGGCAUGGCAUCGCCUAGAGAAAGUUCCAUCAGUGUCCGAGAAGCCCGUGAAGAGCCUGGGGAAGAUCUUCAACGGAACCCUGAGAGACACCGCGGCAGUCCAGUCAACACAGAGGGAACUGAAAUCAUGGCUGUCAGCAGUGGACAAGUCAGGACUCCCAGGGAAGUUCAAAGCAUGGAUCUAUCAACACGGAAUCCUGCCAAGACUCCUUUGGCCACUGCUGAUAUACGAAGUCCCGAUAACCAACGCAUCACAGUGAGAACUGGAAAGAAGUGGCGGACUCAGGAGGCAGUUGAGCAGGCAGAAGCAAGGCUGAGACAUGGUGUCUUGGUAGGUUCUGUGGCAGUCGGACGAGCAGGGCUUGGUAGUCAUAUAAGACCCCGCUAUGACAAAGCGCAGGGGAGUGAGAGACGUCGCCUGGUCCAGGAGGAGAUUCGUGCUGAGGUAGAUGAGGAGCGCCACAACAUCUUAGUUGGAGGCACAGAGGUGUUCUACAAGCACUCCAAGAGACGCAAGCAAGGGAAGCACGCCGGCGUGCUUGUGAAGCUUAGUCAACGCGGCUUUAAGACUCCGCUGCCGGAAACCUGGCUGAAUGAAGCAACAUUGAACAAUGCGCUACAUCUGCUAGGCUUCCAGCUGCUCUGGCGUUGCAGAAUCAUCUGGGAAAACGAGAGGUGGUACUCCUGGGCUGACGCUCCUAUCAUUGGGCACCUGUGGGAACAUGUGUUGUCAUCAGAUCCAGUGAAACUAGGCUAUACUGAGGAUGGUCACUGCAAAGGAAACCUCCACCCCAGCCUGCCUGGACCCCAGAAACUGCAAUGGGACAUCCCAGAGGAGUGCCAGACAGUGAUCAAUAACACUCUGAAAGUGGCCAAAACUCUGGCGGACGAUGUCGACAUGCAUAUCUUCCCCUUCAACAACUUUGGCAAAGGCCAGAUCAAGAAAUGCAAGACCAGCCCCGAUGGUUUCAUUCAGAAUGCACUCCAGCUGGCACACUUUAGGGAUAAGGGCAAGUUCUGCCUGACAUACGAAGCGUCCAUGACGCGUUUGUUCAGAGAGGGCCGUACUGAGACCGUGCGCUCCUGCACCAAACAGACUUGUGAUUUUGUCCGUGCCAUGAUGAGUGAUACUGCAACGAGAGAAGAGAAGAUGAAGCUGUUGACCGUGUCAGCAGAAAAGCAUCAGGAUUUGUACAGAUUGGCCAUGACAGGCAAAGGCAUUGACCGCCAUCUUUUCUGCCUCUACUUAGUGUCCAAGUAUCUGGGUGAAGAUUCGGCUUUCCUCAAAGAGGUGCUGUCUGAGCCCUGGAGGCUAUCCACCAGCCAGACUCCAUUGCAACAGGUCGACCUGUUUGACUUAAAGAAACAUCCAGAAUAUGUUACCAGUGGAGGUGGAUUUGGGCCUGUUGCUGAUGAUGGUUAUGGCGUUUCAUACAUUAUUCUUGGAGAGGACCUCAUCAAUUUCCAUAUUUCCAGCAAACACUCCAGCCCAGAGACUGACUCUCAUCGCUUUGGCAGUAACAUUAAACAGGCAAUGAUUGAUAUCCUCGAUCUGUACCAGUUUGACAACAAAGCCAAAAACAAAUGAUUUAACUCUUUUUGCUUUCACUGUUCUACAAAAGUGAAUAAUUCUAAAAUAUUUUAAACAUGGCUAAUCCUCCUUAGGCAUGUUUAAAUCAAUUGCUGGUUAAAUGAAUGGUUGAAUUGAUAGAAUAGGAACAUAAAAAGGGUUGAGGAAUGUUUCUGGGUAUUUUUGAUCAUAUUACGGUAAAGGGAUGUAUGUAUUGCGGACAUAAUUUCUAUAAUGGACAUAAUAGGGCUAGAAAUGCUCCUCUGAAGAUCCAGGAAAGAUCUGUUGUCUUUAUUUGCUGUACAUUUAGUGCUAUUGUGUCACUCAGAUGAACUAACUUGCUCUUUUUUGAAUUUCUUAGAUUCAGGUUUGCAGCUAACUUAUUCAAUUUAUGUGGCUUGAGUGUUGUUGCUUGAGUAGUAUUGUGGCAGUUUAGCUAUAAAGGGAGCAUGUGUGCCAUAUAUUUCAAAUGUUGGACAGUACGACAAAUACUGUAUUGGACAACCAAUUUUUUUCAUUCAUUUUUAUUCAUGUAUUUGCACACAAAGCAUCACAACAGAGUGUCAACAUUAUAUACAACAAUAUAUAUAUAUAUAUUGUAUUAUUAUUAUUAUUUAUUUAAUGGGCUCACUAAUGGUUAGUUAAAUCAACAUUAUGCAACACAUGAGUGGUCUUUUACUGCAGUAUGUUGAAACUAUGACUUUGUGAGUAGUUCAUUCUGGUUGCCUUUUGAGUGCACCAACAACAAAUCAUAGAAAUAGAAGGCAUCAUUCAAAUGAUGGUGGCCUUUUUUUCUUUCAUAGGAAAAAAUCGGAAGAUCCCCACGUGCAUAUAAGGGAUAUGCAGUAAAUAUAUACAGUAUUUCUCUAUAUGUUGUUACUGAAAGAUGGAGAAGUGUACUAUUUUUUUAUUUGUGAAAUCAUAUAUUCCUCAUCACAUAUUUUUGAAAGUGUUCUCAUGGAUUUAUUGAAUAAUAAUUAUUCUUGAUUGUAAAAAAGAAAUUAAUAGAAUAGAAUUUGAAGGGAAUGUAUUAAUUAGUUAAGAUGUGUUCUGCAUUUCAUCUAAUAUUUGAUUCAUGUUUUCCAUAGAACACAUGUUUGCAGCAAAGGUUUGAUAUAUGAACUCAAUGUUAAUGUAUCCAGAACACCUUUCAGAACAAUAAAAGUUGACUUCAAAGAGGAUGUUUUAUUUGAUUUUGUGAAUUGGGAACUGCAAGUAUGCUGAAACUGAGAUAUUUACAUAUAUGUACCUUUACAAAUUCUGCUUUGAAUAUGCGUGUAUGUGCGGUCCAACAAUAAUAAAAAUGUAU